AUGUUUCUGUGGGGCUGGUUUACGGGAAUACUGGGAUAUCUAGGAUUAUGGAACAAAUCCGGAAAACUAUUGUUCUUAGGGCUGGAUAAUGCAGGUAAAACUACUCUUCUACACAUGCUCAAGAAUGACAAACUGGCACAGCAUCCCCCCACGUUGUAUCCCACAUCAGAAGAGCUUUUCAUUGGUAACGUGAGGUUUAAUACGUUCGAUUUAGGAGGUCACGAGCAAGCUAGGAGAGUUUGGAAGGACUAUUUUCCAGCAGUAGAUGCCAUAGUGUUCCUUGUUGAUACCAACGACAGCUCAAGAUUUGUAGAAACCCAGAAAGAGCUAAACACCCUCCUUUCAGAUGCAAUUAUAUCCAACUGUCCAAUACUAAUCUUAGGUAAUAAAAUUGAUCUCCCAGGUGCUGCUUCAGAGGAUGAACUCCGAAUUAGAUUUGGCCUGUUUGGCCAAACUACAGGCAAAGUAGCUAGAAAUGAUCUACCUGGUCGGCCUCUAGAACUAUUUAUGUGCUCUAUACGCAAAAGGCAAGGUUAUGGAGAGGGAUUCCGUUGGUUGGCUCAAUAUAUCGAUUAA